AUGAUUUCUUUUUCGCUAGAAUUUGUCCCCGUUUACGAACCCGUGCCUAUAUUUGAUUGCCUUAAUCAAAUAAAGUCCACAGGUCUUUUUUUGCUUAGUAUCUUUCCCAUGAUUUCGUCUCUUCUUCUUGCUAGUCUCUUUAUAUCUAUCUAUCUAUCUAUCUAUCUAUCUAUCUAUCUAUCUAUAUCUAUAGCUCUAUAUAUUGAAAUCUAUCUAUCUAUCUCAGUCAGUUCAUUUAUAUCUCCAAUUUAUAUCUAUCUAUCUAUCUCAUUUAUAUCUCCUAGUCUGUUUAUAUCUCUUUCUCUCUCUCGCUCUCUCUCUCUAUCUAUCUAUCUAUCUAUCUAUCUAUCUAUCUAUCUAUCUAUCUAUCUCAGUCUCUUCAUAUUCUGUUCAUAUCUCUCUCUCUCUCUCUUCUCUCUCUCUCUCUCUCUCUCUCUCUCUAUCUAUCUAUCUAUCUAUCUAUCUAUCUAA